GGUCGUUGUCUAUGCACCCACUCAAUCAUGGGCAUAGCAUCUGUGCGAGACUGCGUCCGCUCGGCUGGGAGCCUGAGCUAAGUAUGCUCGAACAAGAUGGCAGUCGACUCUUAUCUAACCAUAGACUUGUCUGCAUGACGAGUAAGCUGACCGAACACGGCUGGCGGAGAAUCAAGAGCGAGUUGGUCGAGGUCAUGCAGAGCGUACGAAACAAACGUCUCAGUGCCGAGUUUGAGCGCGCACUGAAGAAACGCUGGGUCACAUUCAAGACCGCAGGGAUGGAGAUCCUCAAUGAUACCUCGACGAACAUCCAGAGAUGCGAGUAUAUGGCCUGAACACCGCAGACCUCGCGCGCACGCCCGCAUUUCGGGAGAUCUUGUGUGCGCCCGCGGAUGCGCCUGUGGACGAGCAGAGCUUCAUGGCUCUGCGAGCGGAGAUGGAGACGAUUGUGGACGUAUGGCUGGCAAGCGCGUGCGACGACCUCCGUCAAGUGCUGCGGCACAUCACGCAGGCUUCGAGGGACUCGGACGUGGAUUCGUUGGAACUCGCAUCGACGUGGUUUGAGUGCGAACGUUGCCAGGAGGAGCUUUUCUACCCGAACGUCUUCGCACACAAAUGCUUGCGCUCAGUCAGCCCUGGGCCGUUGUCGAUUCGCCCUGUUCAUCCAUGUGGAAUAUACGAUUUCGCCGUUCGUGCGACCUUCCCGCAAGCUUUCGAUGAGCCAGGCCGUAAACUCACCGUUCGCUCGCCACGAAUCGCUCGUCGGGUCAUACGCUUCUGCGACCAGAAUCCGGAUAUAGCGACGGCGGCAGACAUGGACGCACUAGACAUCAGGCUCGUACAAGACGAUACGACGAUCAUGACGUGGCGCGCCGCGGUGAGUUCGUCCAGCUGCUCUAGAUCGGCAGCGGUACUGAAACUCGGAGCAUCAUCAGAUAGUCGAAUGGUGUUCCUCUAGACUCGGAGACGACACAUCGUCAUGGCGGGUAGCAACUCCGGAAGAGGUUGCCAGAGUGAAGGAGCGGGAGACGUGGUUGAUACAGACAAAGACCCAAUGGAGAUGCACUAAUGUGGGCAGCUGUAUGAUUUGAGUUGCCUAGAUCGAAUGACAAUCCAUAUGUGCCGGCAUUAUGGUGCUUGUAUGACGGCCACCGUC